UUGGGGGCGCGGCGAGGAGGCGGAUGUUGUUAUUAGCUUCAGCGAUGGAUGAGAAAAUGCAGUAGUCCUACACACAUCUGGAUGUUGUGAAGUAAUGGGCUGAGAUUCAUCUGCAUUCGAAAUGACGAGAGACAGAAAGUGCAUCCUCUGUGAAACCGUCUAUGUCUCCAAGCAGGAGAUGGAUGAGCACACGAGAAGCAUGCUCCACCACCGUGAGCUGGAGAACCUUAAAGGCCGGGACUGCGGACAUGAGUGCAGAGUCUGUAAGGUGAAGGUGGUGAGUCUGACUGAUUAUGCCAGCCACAUUUCCAGCCCCGUGCACAAGCAGAAUGUGGAGGCUGCUGACCAGAAGCCUCCUGGGCUCGACCAUGAAGAAGACUACUUCGAUCAGGAAUUGGUGGACUUGAUUGAAAAGAGAAAAGAGAAGAUCAGAAAAGAGAAGGAGGCUGCUGCUGCAAAGCUAGCAAAAGAGGAAGAGGAUAAAAGGAGAAAGGAGGCGUUUCAGCAGAGGUUAAAGGAAGCUAAAGAGCGUUACUCCUUGCAGCGUGGCUGGCAGCAGCCGGGACAGGGAUUCGGUGGGUCUAGUCACCACAGGACUUGGUACAAAAGCAACCAGUAUGACUCCAGAGCAGGGGAGAUACAACCCUGGAACCAGAGGAAACAGGGGAAGAGCGCCACCUGGCAUGCUCAGGAGCCCCCCAACUUAGAGAGGUGGGCAUCUGGAGAGUUUGCUGGUAGAAGCUUGGAUAGUCAGGAAGCUCGAAGCAACAAGACGUGGGGUCAUUGUGCAUUUCCUGGCAGAAAUGAAAAUCGAUUUCCGUGGCUCAGCAACGGAGGCAGUAGAAAUGGGCUCUAUGGGCAAAACAAUAUUUCCCAGUACCCUCAAAAGAACCGUCACAUGAGCUUUUUUGAGGCUCCUCGUAUGUAUCCACCUCCCCCUGUCUCUUUGGCCCAGGCUGUGAAUCGGUUUCAGAAUACAGGUAAUGACCAGCCAGGUCAGGCCAGUGCUGGGCUACAGAAGGGGGAUGGCCAACCAGCAGAAUCUGAUAUUAAUAGCAGUAAAAGCUCUAAGAGUUUGGGCAGCAAUCCGAAGAUUGACAAAUCCUGUCGCUGGUCACCCUAUCCUGUGAAGGGUUUAGAGUCUGUGCCACAUAAAGAUACCGGUCCAAAAUCAUCUGAGGAAUACCCAAGAGCCCCCAAACCUCAAAACAAAGCACCGGAAGCCACUGGUUUUAAUAGCCAGUCACGAUCUGAAAAGGAAUCAAGUCUUUUGCCCUUAAGUAGACUAGAAGAAAAAGGGAAGCACAAAACAAACCCUGCAGUCAAACCUAGAGAUGGGAGCAGUAGUAGCAGUAGAAGCAGCAGUUCACAGAGAGAUGGCCACCAGAAUUCAGCGUCUAAUUGGUGCAAUCAGAAUGCAAAUAAGUCAUUGCUAGAUCGGAAAAUGUCCUCAGCUCCUGGCAUCAGCAGUGUGUCUCAUCUCAGCAAGAUCCCCAGUCAGGCUCAAGUGCAAUCAAAACCAACUGGAAUCCAGAGUGAAGUCAAGGCUCCACUGACUGGGUCCUUUCAAUCACGGCAACAGAAGCUCCCAGAAUCGGUUAAGCAUGCCAAACAAAAUGUGUUAGAAAAGAAGGGCUCUUUAAAUACCUUUGGUAAUAACGUAAAAGUGGAAAUGACACAGCACAGUGUCGAGGAGCCGCAAACGAAUCAGGUACAGAGUCAGACUGGAGUGAACAAAGAGAUCAGCUGCAGGCAGAAUGCAGUAAAAUCAGUGUUACCUGAUCCAGUUGGGUCAGAAAAGCUUGCUUUGACAUCUUCAGACAGCAGUCAGUUUCUCCAGUCACUGCAAGUUAGCACCUCUACUGUGGAGACCUCCAAGCUGGCAGAAUCAGGCAGGGAAUACGAGGAGAACAAUAAGAAAGUGGAAAAGCAAAGUUGCUCAGUUGUUCCAGAUGAGGCCAUGCAGGUCAGUGAGGCAGGGCAGAGCUCAGAGAGUGACACCUCCAGAAGUGGUGACGCACAGACUCAUGCAUCAAGUCUGUCCAAACUUGACCUGCCUCCAGUUUUAAAACGUGACCUCACCAAACAUAUCAGCUCCAAGAGCAAAACAGUCGGCCACGAGCCCAACCUGAACAUUGCCAGGCGGGUGCGUAACGUGAAUGAGUCGCGGAGAAGCGACACCGAAAAGGAUUCAGGGCUCAAGCCAACUGUGCGGCAGCUGAUCAGCUCCUCUGGGUCUCGGCGCAAUGUUAACUGGGAACAGGUGUAUCACGAGGUCAGGAAGAAACAAGACAAGGGAAAAGGCAUGCCAAGGUUUGGCAUUGAGAUGGUUUCAUAUGAGCAGGAGUACCAGAGCCAAGAGGAGGGUGACAUACCGCUGCUGGAGGGUUUCCAGUGGGAGUCGUUGAUGGAUGUGUCUUACCAGGGCCCCUCACGAAAACGCUCCUUAUCAGAGAGUAGCCUCGCUCCUGCGUCCACGCACAACCUCUUUACAUCCCAUAUAUCAAAGGAAACCUCACAGAGAGAAAGCUUCAACUCAGAGCAGCAGGGAUCUACAGUUAAUCCAAAUCGCAAGUCUUCUCUAGGAAAUCAAGACUGUCAGUCUCAGUCAGAGGUUGGACAGAUGCUCGUUCAUCUCGAAGCCAAAGCUCAGAACCAGACAGACAACCUAACAUCAGCCCUCCAGCGGUCUGACUCAGUGCUCGGGGACAGCAGUUCAGGGACGGAGCAGUGCGACGGUCUGGGAACAGCAAAGAGGCGGAGAGCAGCCGGGGACGCUCUGAGUGCAGAGUCUUCAUGCAUAGAACAUAAUAGCAAAAGACAGAAGGUCAAAUCGAAAAGAGAACGUUCGCACAUUGACCAGCUGUUGGCAGUGUCUCUGCGGGAGGACGAGCUCAGUCGCUCCCUGCAGACCGUGGACACCAGCCUGAUCCAGGCCCGGGCUGCGCUGGAGGCCGCCUACAUGGAAGUGCAGCGUCUCAUGGUGGUUAAACAGCAGAUGACUGUAGAGAUGAGCACAUUAAGAAACAAGCGCAUUGAGUUACUAAAAGGGAUGCAAGGUACGAUGGAGGAAGCACCUCAGAUCAAACUGAAAGAAGAAAAGAUGGAUACAUUUGAAACUGAGGCACACGUGCCCUCCUCUGUCACACUUUCCUCUCUUGUGGAAACUGCUGUCCACAGUCCCAAUCGUGCUGCAGAGUGUGGCUCUCCCCCCUCCUCCAGCCUUCCCUUGAUGUCUGUAGCUAUCAAGCAGGAGCCCCUGUCCCCUGUUCACAUCAGCACAGAGGCAGACCUUGCGGACGCUUUGACCAACUGUGCUCACAGCACCACCCCGGAGCUGCCGGUCACUCCUGCCAGAGCCUCCUCACCAGAUUUCGCCGUCAACUUCCAGGCUUCUCCUGAAAGACACCCUGAGCUGUACCCGUCGAACUUUAGAGAGCCUGCAGACUCCAAGGAGAAGUCGCUAACACUUAUUGAGACAACGGAAAAAGCCAUACAGACAGCAAGGAACAGUCUCACCUCUUUAGCUGACACAAAAAGCCCCCUUAAGCCUCUAUUACCCAUGAGAGACUGUGAGGUUAAUGACUCUGCAGACAUCCCAUCCUUUAAAUCCCCUUUAGCCCCCUCAAUCCUUAAUAUCCCUGCCUCUCCAUCAGAGCUGAGGACUGGAAAGCGCGUGAGGAAGCUGAAGAAGAGGAAGGCAUUGAAGAAGGCUCAGGGGACAGAGCAGUUUGAAAGCAGUGACACUGAGAUGGAUGAAGAGGCCUCACGGCCGAGAUGCCCCCGAACGCGUAGGAGACCCAGCGGAGGCUCUCAGGUCAGUACGUCCAGUCUCCCUACAGAAGACAGAGAGGGUGACAUGAACAUAGAGGGUGAUAAGAAGCCACUCAAGAUGCUGUUUCCAAGUGCCAAAUUAGAGAAGGCAGAGCAGAAGUCCCCAGCAGAGCUUCCUCAUGAGGCCACCGCUGAUAUUAUGGUGAACCUGGAUUCAGAGGGAAGCAUGGAGGUCACUGUUGCCGGACAGCAGCCCCAAGUGAAUGUUCAAGUUCAAAUCCCCCCUCCAGCCCCAGUCGCAGACUCUUCCAGUCCUGAGCCACGGAGCCUGGCCUGCAACGAGGUCUCCUCCACCAGUGACAUGGAUUUGUGUAAAUCAUCUGAGAGUGACAUGCCAUUUGCCAUCACUUUGCCCAAGAACUCAUCAGAUGCAUCAUCUGACCAUGGUGAAGAUGAGAUGCCCACUGAUGGGCUGUUUGAGGGCCACCAGGAGGCGGUGAACGCCAUGCACAUCCACAACGGCCUGUUGUACACGUGCUCAGGAGAUCGAACCGUCAAAGCCUUUGAUUUGGUGAGUCAUAAAUGCGUGGGUACGUUCGAGGGUCACAGCUCCAAAGUGAGCUGCCUGUUGGUCUCAGCGGCUCCAAGCCUGCAUCAUCGCCUUUAUUCUGGUUCCAGUGACCAGAUCAUACGCUGCUACAGCCUCAGGACACGGGAACUCGAGCAGCACUUCCCUCUGUCUGAUCGAGUCCUCUGCCUCCACAGCCGCUGGAAAACUUUGUAUGCUGGUCUGGCGAAUGGCACAGUGGUGACCUUUAACCUUAAGACAAACAAGCAGAUGGACGUGUUUGAGUGCCACGGGCCGCGGGCCGUGAGCUGUCUGGCCUCAUCGCAGGAGGGAGCCAGGAGGAUCCUGCUGGUGGGCUCCUACGACAACACCAUCAGUGUGAGAGACGCCAAGAACGGACUGCUGCUGCGCACUCUGGAGGGACACACCAAAACUGUGCUCUGCAUGAAGGUGGUCAAUGAUCUGGUAUUCAGUGGAUCCAGUGAUCAGUGUGUCUACGCACACAACAUCCAUACAGGUGAGCUUGUGCGGGUUUAUAAGGGCCACAGUCAUGCUGUUACAGUAGUGGCCAUCCUGGGGAAAGUGAUGGUGACCGCCUGCCUGGACAAACUGGUCCGUGUCUACGACCUGCAGACUCAUGACCAACUGCAGGUCUACGGAGGACACAAGGACAUGGUGAUGUGCAUGGCUAUCCACAAGAACAUGAUCUACACGGGCUGCUAUGAUGGCAGUGUGCAGGCAGUGAAGCUGAAUCUAAUGCAAAACUACCGCUGCUGGUGGCAUGGCUGUUCACUGGUCUUUGGGUUGAUUGAGCAUCUGCAGCAGCACCUGAUCAACGACCACACCAGUGCCAACUUUCAGACGCUCAAGUGCCGCUGGAAAAACUGUGAAGCGUUUUUCUCUGCGCGCAACACCUCCAAGCAGGGAAUGCUGAUGCACAUGCAGAAACAUGCUGAGGAGGAGACUGAAGUGGAGCCUUAAAGCUUCUGGUGGGAACGCCGUUUCUCCCUGAGACUUCUCUUCUUUCUUGUAAUCUUUACUCUAAUGUUACCCUCCCAUAUUGGGAGGCACGCUCUUGGGACCCACUUACCCUUAGCAGAGCUCUCGUCGAGCCUGGCGAGUGGCGUCUGACAAGUCCAUCCUUUAUGCUCGGUGUUGGAAUCCAACCAUAAUACAGUUACAAAAAAGGAGGGUUGGUUGUGCUGUUAUGUUUUUUUUUUAACUUUCUACAAAACACACCUUCCCCUUUUUACGUCUGACCAUUGCUUCUUCUUGUCAAUGACCAAAGAAAGACAAAGAAACACGUGACUUUUGUUUAUUGAAGAAACUUCAGCGUAGCCGGUGUCUAAGGGAGUUGCCACGCUUUUCCGAUGAAACGCCAACAAAAAGCAGUUAUCGUCUUCCAGAUUGGUUGGCUACAAUAUGGCAUGGGUUAAGAGAUGUUUUUAUCGUUGUUGUGCAGUUGUUGCGUGUCACGUUGAGCAACCUGUAGUGUGUUUUUUUUUUAUUUUAUUAAAGUUACCACUUAUGACAAUGAGCGAUUUAAAGGUUUUGGAAAUUCGUGGUGUUGUCUUUGAGGCUGCGUUUAACAGUGUGAUUAUUUGUUUUGAGGGAAUUUAAUUGAAGAUUGAUUUAUUUAAUGUUUGGUUUUUAUUUUCUAAAAAUAAAAAAUCUCAAGUUCUUCCAAUCUCGUUGGGUCGUUUAGGAUUACAUUUAUUUAUUUGUUGUUGCUCAGUCAGGUGAUUAGUGCGUAAUAGGGACUGUGUUGAAGGAUUUGUCUUUUGAGAAUUGACAUUUGCUGUGAAAACAGAACCAAGAUGUGAAGUAUGUGUGCUAAUCUGUGUGGAUUAUUUCCUCGUUGUUGUCGGCAGAGUGUUUAACCCUGUUCGGCGAACCUUGUUUUCCAAGCGUGAGUGUGAGGUGCUGUUUUUAUGUCACAUUCUUGUGGAUUUAUUUUGUAUUUGGAGAAUCGAGCAGAAGGCACUGGAGCUGUAUUUGUUUUCCACAGUUGUCUAAUAAAGUGUGGAGACAACGGAUGUUUAGAGGAGGUGUUCGAUGGAAGAUUUCGAAGAGAAGAUUUUGGAUUCAUCUCCCAUGCCAUACCUCACCCUCUUGAAAACAGGUGACUAAAUCUUCUGUUAAAAGCCCAGCUGUUGUUCUCUUUGGCAGACUUGGUUUGAAGGUUGCAGCUCUCCGGGUUGCGUUAUCUUUCUUUCUUUUUCUUCUUUUUUUUGAGGUUUUGCCCUUAGCCGAGUUAACCUGACGUUCUCGCUCGUUAUUUAUGAUCGAGAAAAGCGUGCGCGUCACCUCUUACCUGGCAUUCCUGAGUUUCUUCAAGUUUUUCUGUUGUUAUCAAAGUUAUGAGAUGUUUUUUAAGAAAGAGAAAGUUAAUAAAAAUGUUUGCAACAUCAGAAAAAA